GAAGUUAAGACGAGUUCUGUACUUCCAGAGAAUAUUCCGAACAACAGCGGCUCAUAGCCCCCUUAGCGAGAUACAGCGAAUCCCUUUACUUUCUAGCUGUUACUAAAUCAAAGGCCUCACGUCAAAAAUUAUUUCAAAAAGAAAUCGAACAAGAUCGGAAUUUUAUUUUCCGCAUCCGCUGAUUGAUUGGGGCCCAGUUUCGCCUCCGGUAGCCCCGCGACGGAAUUUCUAGGGCUUCUGGUGCCUUUUCACCGGCGAUUUUUUACUCCGACAUUCUUAUGUUUACGCCGCAGAGAAAGGGAUGGCCUACUACAGUAUCUUUUACACCCCAGGGAAGUGGUGUAGGGGCUAGUUCGAACCUCCUAAAUUCCGGAAAAGGGAAGGCCGUUGCGUUUGCCGAUGACCCGCCGCCGCCAUUGGGUUCUCUGAGUGAGAAACAGGAGAAGAUGGCGGUGGGGUUUGACUCCAUGGGGAAUAGUGAGGAUUGGAAGAAAUUUAAGGAGGCGGGACUGUUGGACGAAGCGGUGAUGCGGAAGAAGGAUCAUGAAGCACUCAUGGAGAAGGUUUCGAGGCUUGAAAAAGAGCUUUAUGACUACCAGUACAGCAUGGGCCUCCUGCUGAUAGAGAAGAAAGAAUGGAGUUCAAAGUUUGAUGAACUGAGGCAGGAAUUAGUUGAAACUCAGGAGAUUUUUAAACGAGAGCAAUCAUCACACUUAAUUACAUUAUCUGAAGCUGGAAAGAGAGAGGAAAAUUUAAGAAAAGCAUUAACCACAGAGAAGCAGUGUGUGACUGAUCUUGAAAGAGCUUUACGUGCAAUCCGAGAAGAGCAUGACCAAGUCCAGUGUUCCUCCCAGGCAAAGUUGGCUGAAGCAAGUGCUUUGGUUGAUGGAAUUGAAGGGAAGUCUUCAGUUGUUGACAAGAAGUUGCAUGAUGCAGAAGCUAAGCUAGCUGAGGUCAACAGAAAAAGUGCUGAGCUUGAGAUGAAACUGAGAGAAGUUGAGACUCGUGAAAAUUUACUUUUGAAGGAGCGUUUGUCUGUAGUUACUGAUCGAGAAUCAUUUGACGCAACUUUCUACAAGCAAAGGGAAGAUUUAAAGGAGUGGGAGAGGAAUCUAAAGCAACGAGAAGAAAUGCUGUGCAAGGGCAGGCAACAUCUCAGUGAGAGAGAGGAGAAGGAAAAUGAAAUUGAUAAGCACUUGAAGCAGAAAAAGAGAGAAUUAGAAUCGCUGGAAAAAAAGAUUGAUUCCUCUAACUUGUCAUUGAAGGAGAAGGAAACUGAGAUUAGCAGAAGAGUUCAAGAUUUAGAAACAAGAGAGAAAGAGGCUGAUUCUUUAGGGAGCAUGCUGGAGACAAAAGAAAAGAAAUUACAUGAAAUUGAGUUUCAGCUAAGUGGUAGAGAACGAGAGGGAAUCCAGAAGCUCCUUGGUGAGCAAAAGGAUGUGUUGGAUUCGAAGUUGCAGGAAUUUGAACUGGAAAUGGAACGAAAGAGGAAGUCCCUCGAUGAGGAGUUUAACAAGCAGAUAGAAUCCUUGGAGCAGAGGGAAGUUGAAGUCAACCAUAGAGAAAAGAAGGUUGGGAAGGAAGAGUUGGCUUUGGGUAAGAAGGCUGAGAGAAUAAAGGAGCAGGAAAAGGAAUUUGAGGCAAAGUGGAAAUCAUUGAAGGAGAAAGAAAAAAGUAUGAAAGUUAAAGAGAAAGAAUUGGAGAUGGAAAAGAAACAAUUGCUUACUGAUGUGGAGACCACGGAGAAUCUGAAAGUUGAGGUUGAAAAGAUAAGAGCUGAGAUUUCUCAGCAGGAGCUGCAACUGACCAAGGAGAGAGAGGAUUUGAAAAUAACUAGGGAUGAGAGGAAAGAUCAUUCCCGUUUGCAGUCGGAACUGAAACAGGAGAUUGAGAAUACAAGAUUGCAGAGGGAACUUAUUCUGAAGGAAACUGAAAACUUAAAGCAAGAGAGAGAGAGGUUUGAGAAAGAAUGGGAAGUGCUGGAUGAAAAAAGGGCUGCAAUUAGUAGAGAGCAGAGCAUAAUUGAUUCAGAGAAAGAAAAAAUAAGAAAACUGCAACAUACUGAAGAACAAAGGUUGAAAAGAGAGAAACAGGCUAUGCAAGAUCAUACAAAGAGAGAGUUGGAGAAGCUUGAACUGGAGAAGGAAUCAUUUGCAGAUGCAAUGAGGCAUGAGAAGCUAGUUUUGUCUGAAAAGACUAAAAAUGAUCAUGCACAGAUGCUUCAAGAUUUUGAAUCCCGGCGAAGGAAUCUUGAGAAUGAAAUACAGAAAAAACGAGAGGAAAUGGAGCUAGAUUUGCAGAAGAGAGAGAAUUCUUUUCAGGAAGAAAUGGAAAGGGAGCGUAAAAAUAUUAGUCUCUUGAAGGAUGUGACUGAGAAAGAAUGGGAAGAAGUGAGGUCUGAACGGUAUAGAUUAGAGAAUGCAAGAAAGGAGGCUGAGUUAAAUAAACAGCAGCUGGAGUCAGCCCAUCGUGAAAUGCAUGAAGAUUCUGAAAUGCUUAUGAACCUGAGCAGGAAGGUUAAGAAGGAGCGUGAAAACUUUAUGGCCGAAAGAAAUCGCUUUCUUGCUCUUGUUGAGAAGCUAAGGGGCUGCAAGGGCUGUGGAGAAGUUGUUAGGGAUUUGAUUAUAUCGGAUCUUCAGCUACCUGAGUUUAAGGAGAGGGUGGUUAUCCAAUCACCCAUUUCACCGGUGCUGGAUAGUAAUCCUCAGGAGAAUUCUGGGUGUGAUAAUGCUUCUUCUGACAUGAAAAAUUCUGGAUCCGUAAGGACUGUGUCUUGGCUCCGCCAAUGUGCUUCUAAGAUUUUGAGUUUGUCUCCAAGUGGUAAAAGGGAUGUCAUCAGGGCACCUGGCAUGGAUGAUUCGUCUCCAUUGUCAGAUCUGAAAAUUGAUACAGAAAAAGCUGAGGGCUCUGCAUCUUUCUUGAAUGUAGAAGUCACUAGACAUAUCCUUGAAGAAGUGCAUCCAUUAGGUGGGAUUGCUCAGUUCUCUUCGGAUUCUCAACAGCUCCAAUCUGCUAACUUUAUUAGAGAUGUGGAUGACAGGCAUGAUCCUUCUGUUGAUCAUUCUAGUUAUAUAGACAGCUUGGUAGAAGGAGGUCCAGAGGAUUCUCAGCAGUCAGUUCCAAAGAGACAGAGAGGCAGGCCUGGUAGGAAACUGAAAGCUGGAGUCAACAGAACACGCUCUGUGAAGGCAGUAGUUGAAGAAGCAAAGGAGUUCCUAGGACAACCUUCAGAGGAACUGGAAAACGCAAAUCUGGAGUCUCUUAAUACUGAUGAGGCAAAAGAUGACAGUCUAGAAGUGUCUACUCACACUGAGAAAGCUACUGGUAAAUCUAAAAGGAAACGGCAGUAUGCACAAACAUCUAGGGCUACACAAGGUGAGCAGGAUGCUGAUUCUGAAGGACAUUCUGAUAGUAUUGCAGCUGGUGUGCGCAGGAAGAAAAAGCAAACGGUUCCUCCUCCAGAAGAAGUUACUGGAGAGAGGCGAUAUAAUCUCAGGCACCACAGAAACAGUUCGACCAUGGCUCCCUCAGAUCGGGUCAUGUCUAAGGGAACAAAGACUAUUGAGCAAGUAGCUAGUGGUGGUGGGUUAAAGGAUGGACAAAACCCAAAAGUUGUCUCAUCAGUAGUAGCUGAUGGCAAUGCUCAAAGCAAACAUGGAGUGGAGGUUUUGACAGUAAACCAUGUAGAUUUCUCAGUUGAUAGAGUUGUAAGGUUCGAAGAACCAAAAGACAUUGUUGAAGACAACGGAGAUGAACCCAAACCUGCCGAAGUUGAGUUGAGUGAAGAAGUGAAUGGUACACAGGAGUAUAGAGAUGAGGAUGGAAGUACAAUCCAAGAAGCUGAAAUUGACUAUGACGAUGAACAAGAUGAAGAUGAAGAUGAAGCAGAAGAGGAGGAGGAUCAUCCAGGUGAGAUAUCAAUUGGAAAGAAGAUAUUGAAGUUUUUUACAACGUGAUGGAAGGAGCUUUUUUUCCCUCUUCCAUCCAAUGAUAGAAAUAACAUCUUUGUUCCCUUGGAAAUAGGAAUUUAGGCAUGUAAUAUUUUAAAUUUACCAUAUGGGAUUAACCUUCAGAUUUGUCUGUCUUGCAGAUAAGAUAGUGCUUAGUUUCUGGAUUCUUUUUCUUUUUGCUGUUUUUUUUUUUCAAUCCUUAGCUUUGUGAGUUACCACUUGUUGUGCCCCAAUAGGCAAUACAAUGGACAGACUUGGGGUACUUGUGUUACAUCCUAGCUGUACCUUAACCAUUUAGCAUUAACUUGAAGGUGAAUCUUAAGGUGGCCUUUGGAUGGUGCA